AUGGCCAACCAUAUGAUACAUCGAAUUUUGGUAGAUAAUGGAAGUUCGGCCGAAGUCCUAUACUGGUUGGAUUUUAAGCAAAUGAGUAUUGAUCGUGAUAGGAUCAAACCAUUUGGUUCUACCCUAGUCGGAUUUGCAAGGGAGAAAGUCCAACCAAUUGGCCUUAUUUCUCUCCCUGUAACAGCAGGGACGGCACCCAAGCAGAAAACUGUGAUGGUAGAUUUCUUGGUCAUUGACCGACCCGGUGCUUAUAAUGCCAUCAUCGGUCGUCUUGCUUUAAAUAAGUUGAAGGCCGUAACUUCAACUUACCAUUUGAUGAUGAAGUUCUCGACAGAAGAGGGAGUUAGAGAAGUGAAGGGAGAUCAGACUCAAGCGAGAAGAUGUUAUAAUACAUCUCUCAAGAAAGCCUCGAACCUGACUCCUAUUGUAAUCGGUAUAGUAGGUGGUAAAGGCAAGAAUGAGCCAAAGGGUGAGCCAGCUGAGCCACUGGAAGAUGUGGCGGUUGGUGAAGGCAGAAUUUUGAAGAUCGAGACACAGAUGAGUCCCAAGAUCCGAGAAGGUCUCGUCACCUUCCUUCGACAGAACCUGGAAGUUUUUGCAAGGAUGCAUGAUGAUAUGCCAGGAAUCAGUCCUGAAGACAUCCUCCACCCACUCAAUGUGGAUCCGAGUGUGAAGCCGGUGAAGCAAAAAUGA